UGACAGUUUGAUCUGAACCCUGUUACGGCUGAUAGACUUUGCAUGAUUAGAAUUUGCAUCACAAAGUAGCUAGAGACAACAGUGAAAAGUUUUACCUGAUUAUCCCUUGCAAUGUGGUUGAUAUUAGCUACAAUAAUCGUCUUGAUCAUCAGUCUGUACUGGUUUGGAACCUACAAAUAUUCUGUCAUUAAGUCCUUCAAUAUUCCUGGUUCAACGCCAUGGCCGUAUGUUGGCAAUAUCCCAGACAUCUUAAAGUAUGGCGGAAUCAAAAACAUGCUUCUAGAAUAUAGAAAAAGAUAUGGAAACGUCUUUCAUUUUUCGAUAGGUCAGAGUCCAAUGGUUGUAGUUGCAGAUCCCGAGUUAGUCAAGCUGAUUACAGUCAAGGAUUUCGACAAGUUUCGCAAUCGCCAUAUCAGUAUCAAACUUCCACCCCCAAACAACUCUGGCAUUGGAGCUGCCGUGGACGACCAAUGGAAGCGCAUUCGGUCAACCUUGACUCCAACCUUUAGUGCAUCAAAAAUGAAGCAAAUGGUGUCGCUCAUAGAUGAAUCCUGCCAGGUUUUGAUUGGGAAAUUCCGUGAGGCAGCUGAUACAGGUAGGACUAUCAAAGCCAGCUCGUGCUAUCAGCAGUACAUUCUUGAAGUCCUCUUGAAGACAGCCUUUGGCAUGGAAGUUGACUUUCAAAACAACCCCAACGAGAAAAUCGUUACGACCGUUAGAAGUAGCUUCGAAAGUCGUCAAUACCUCGACAUGUUCUUCAAGUCUCUUCCGUUUUCUUCUCUAGCAAUGAAACUAUUUAGUCAAGUAUUGGUAAAGAAGUUCUUUUCUUUCUUCAACGGUAUCGCCAUGCAAAUCAUCCAGCAGAGAAAAGAGAAGGGAGUGGAUGCAGGAAGAAAAGAUCUGAUGUACUUGAUGAUGAAUACGGUAGACAAUGAGGGUGAAAGAAAGUUAACAGAUGAUGAGAUAUCAGCUCAGUCUGUAACAUUUCUUACGGCUGGACUUCAUACAACCAGCACAUUUCUGUCGAUAGCUUCCUAUUGGCUGGCACAUUAUCCUGAAAUACAAGACAAAUUGAUUGAGGAAAUAGACGCCGCCUUUGCAGCUAACCCCGAGAAACCAAUAUACGAUCUUAUCCAUGAACUGGAGUACCUCGAUUGCUUCUUCAACGAGACGCUUCGAUUUUCAAUGGCUGCCGAAUUGCAAAUCAGUCGUCAUUGUAGCCAAACUUGCACCAUCAACGGUGUUCAUUUCCCACGAGGAACCGUGGUCGUUCUCUGUUACUUUCUUCUUCAUAAUGACCCAGAUGCUUGGGAAGAACCGUUCAAGUUCGAUCCAGAGAGACACAGAGGACCAGUCAAGGAAAAGAGGCACCCUUAUCAGUUUCAUCCGUUUGGAGUUGGACCUCGUUCUUGUAUUGGCAUGAGGCUUGCCCAGCUGGAAGGCAAGUUAACUCUCGUGCGCUUAUUGAGAGAGUUCAGGUUUGCACUAGCUCCCGAGACUAAGCAUCCAGAUGGGUCCAUUCCUAAAGUUGUAGAGAUACGAGUAGAGAACAGACAUUAGAAAUUGCUAAGUGGAACGUGGAAUAAUGCUAUGAAAAUAAUAAAAAAUGAUCUCUGAACUGAAUUAGGGCUCUCCUGAGCUGAAUUAGGGCUCUCCUGAGCUGAAUUAGGGCUCUCCUGAGCUGAAUUAGGGCUCUCCUGAGCUGAAUUAGGGCUCUCCUGAGCUAAAUUAGGGCUCUCCUGAGCUGAAUUAGGGUUCUCCUCUUUAGUAAUUACAUUACCAGUAAAGUAAAGUAUGUAUACAACGCACAACCGUGAUUGGAAAUAUUCUAUAGGGAUACAUGCAGUCCCUCCUCUUCUGUUUUGGAUAUGAGAAUAUUUUAAAACUAAUUGGAUUUACUUCUCCUUUACAUCCCACUUGUUAAGGCUAUCGAUAGAUUGAAUAGAUAUAGAAGUUGAUUUUUGUGGAGGGAGAAAAAACCAACGAACAAACUCUAUUUACAUACGACACCGAGCCCGCGGGAAUCCAUCGGGUUCCGACUCUCCCUUAGUUACCGUUGCUAUGUCCCACAAGCUUAACAAAUUAUCUGGAAUAUUUUAGAAUUUAAAACUCUGAUCGCAAAACAUUGGUCAUAACUUGUUUCAAUAGUUUACUGUCCUGCGAAAUGAUUAGAGAAUUGUCUCGUCAUCCUUGUAGUACUCUUUAAUUAAAACAGAUACUGCGUA